AUGUAAAAGAUUUCUUAAGAUAAUAUUAUUGAUGGUAAAAGGAAGAGAGUAAUGUCAACUGAUGGUGUCUUGGCGUGUGUUACUUCUAAUCUAUUGAAAACUACUGUUUAGAAAAAGCCUAUCAAACAAAAGACAAUAUAAACUUAAAAAAAGAAAACAGUGUAUCAAUAAGAAUCAGAUAGUUCGGUAGUUCAGGUAGAAAAUAAGCCUUAAAAGAAAAAAGAUGAAAAAGUUAGAAUAACAAAGAGUGCUCUUAAAGAAUUGAUUAGUUAGCAUUUCUUAAUCAUUGAUGACGAAGAAUAAAAGUCAUAAUAGGUAUUAAAAAUCCUUCAAAUUUUUAGCCAAAAAAACAUAUCAAAUAUUAAUAAAAUGAAUCAGAAAGUGAAAGUUCUGUUGAAAAUAGUUCAUCAUCAGAACACAUUCCAAAAAGAAAUAAACAUAAAUAAUGA